GAGCUCUGGGAGGGAUAGGGUGUUUCUAACUGGGAACAGAGCGGGCCCUGUUUCAUAUUACACACUGAAAAGGGGCGAAAAGAAGAGAAGUCCCGGGACUCCUUUCUCCGGAGCCGUUUAGCGGAGGUUUAUGGAGCCCGUCCGUCGGAAAAAUGAAAAUCUCCUCGGUGGUCAUAGUUCUCCUGACUAGAGCUUUCCUCGGAGAGCUGUGCCAGGCCCUGAAUGUCACCAUCACCCCCGGCCCGGUCGCCAUGUCACUGGAGCGGGAGAACAUCACGCUCUCCUGCCAGGUCUCCCAGAAGAGGAAAGCCAACAGCGUGCUGGUGGUGCGCUGGCUGUUCUCAGCAGGGGGUGUGGGUGUGGAACAGCUCAUCGUCAAGCUCAACAUGAAGAGGGCCAAGUACUACGGAAACUACACCAAGCGCUUUGGCCGACCGAAGCUGAAGCUCUUCGAGGCCAAGCAGGGCAGGACUUACAACCUGCUGGUCCUGAACAUUUCCGAGGAGGACAGGGGCCUUUACAUCUGCAGGGUGCAGGAGAUCCGGAAGAACCAGAACCGAUGGAGGUCCGCCUCCAAUGGCACGGCCGCCACAGAGUUAAGAGUGCAUGUCCUACCAGACACGAAAGGCAAAGAGGGAAUAUGGCAACUGUUUGAAGAUGUGUACCUGUGCGCUGUGCUAAUCUGCUCCAUCGGACUCCUGUGCAUGUGCCUGUUCACUGUGGUCAUCACCUGCCAGUACCUUCACAGGAAACAGAGGACAAAAACCAGUUACUAUUUGGUCAAGUGUCCUCAAAGCAGUUCGGGGGAGACAGUCACCAGCGUGGUCAGUUCAUCGCCUGUGAUCCCCAAGAAAAAGAAGAAAUACAAAAAGAAAACAUUCCAAGAAGACAAAGAGACACCGCCUGCAAUACCUGCAAAAGCCCCCAUUGCAGAGAGACUGCGGAAGCCUAAGCUUUUAAAGGCACAGCCCAGAAAAGUUGUUUUGCCAAAGAUAGCAGAGGAGAGCCUGAUGUAUGCGGAGCUGGAACUGGGGAAGCCCCUCCCCGAGACGAAAGCAGCCUGUACGGGGACCGUGUACGCCCAGAUUCUCUUUGAGGAGAAACAGCUGUAAAAACAAAUCUGGAUCAGAACUGCAUUAAGACUAACGAAUGGAGGGCGAGGCCUCAUGAACCCUGGAAUGGCUGGAGUUUAGGCCCUGUUUACAUUCGUCUUUUAAUGAGACAUUUACAUACGAUUUCAGAUUUCAUAAACCCAAUAUGGGACACAUUUUGACAAUUGCGGUGUAAACACAAGGAAGCACAUAUGAAUCUUCUGGAGGUAUAUACACGAAAUCACUCUGGAGACAGUGUGGGUCUGAUUCCAGUGCAAUCGGGCUUGAAUAUAAAUGUUCCAGCCCAUGUCUUCUCCUGUCAAAAAACAUUCUACCGACAAAUACUGUAGCAUCCAAUAAUAAUAAUAGUGUGGGAUUCAGCUCUGUUGUAGAACUGGUCAUCAGGUCAGAUGGAAUAUGUGUGUAUCUUCUGAAUGCAACAACUAAGAGAAAUGUGAGCUUGCUUAUUUUAUAAAUCAUUUGGAAACAUAGGACCACCUAUCUCAAAUACAUAGAAAUAGAGUUGGUCAACUUGAUCAGAUUUGUGUGAAAACAAGGCCUCUCCUGCCACACCAUUCACACCAAAGCUGCCUAUUUAUAAGAUAAUGUACAUUGUAUUAUUAUGUUUGCAUUUUUAACAUUUCUGUAUUUCCCAAUUUAAAUGGACUUUGGGAGGUUUAUGCUGUAUUUUUGCUGAAUGCUUUUUUAUUUCAAAUUAUUGCUGCACACAAUGAUUCUUGGAAAUCUGCAAAAAAAGACAGGAUCUGAUUUUUAGUUAGCUAUAAAGACAACCUAAUGAGCAAUAACACAAUUUCAUAAGUACGUUCUCAUGUUCUGACCAGCCCAGCACUGGGCAACAUUCACCCCAUUCCUACAUGUAUUCUUAUUCCAUAUAGCUGUGCGUAAACAAUAUUUUAUCAUGAACUCUAAAUCAAACUGUCUGCACUCUACAUCAAACUCAAAAUCAAACCUAAACUGUUUUGAAAAAAAUGUAUUGUUCUUUUCUUACAGAUUGUAUUUCAGUUUUCCAUUUGUAUUUUUUUGUAUUUUUAUUUGUUUUUUACAAUUUAGAAUAUUGUCCAUAAAACUGAAUUGCAGUAAUGCCUUA